AGGCGCUCCGUGAAAAACUAGGAAGACUAAUAGAAACAUUUGGGGUCCUACCACAGCUACUGCGACUACAACGUGAGAGCCAUGCCGAAGUCGAAGAGGGAUAAGAAAAUAUCUUUAACGAAAACAGCCAAGAAGGGGCUGGAAUUGAAACAGACUUUAAUUGAAGAGUUGCGGAAAUGUGUGGACAUAUACAGAAACGUUUUCAUCUUCUCUGUGGAAAACAUGAGGAACAACAAAUUGAAAGACAUAAGGACAUCGUGGAAACACAGUCGGUUCUUCUUUGGGAAGAACAAAGUCAUGAUGAUUGCUUUGGGUAGAGGACCAACAGAUGAAUACAAGGACAACCUACAUAAGGUCAGCAGAUUCCUUAAAGGAGAAGUUGGCGUCUUGUUCACAAAUAAAACGAAGGAAGAGGUGCAAGAAUAUUUUGACAACUUCAAAGAAACAGACUACGCCCGGGCAGGAAACGUAGCACAGAUGGCUGUGACCCUAGAUGAGGGGCCACUGGAGCAGUUCCCACACUCAAUGGAGCCCCAGCUACGACAGUUAGGGCUGCCCACAGCCCUGAAGAAAGGAGUGGUCACUCUCAUUAAAGACUAUGAGGUAUGCAAAGAUGGAGACACGUUGACACCUGAACAGGCUCGCAUUUUGAAACUCUUUGCAAUUGAAAUGGCAGAAUUCAAAUUGACGAUAAAGUGCAUGUGGAACUCUGAGACGGGAGACUUUAAGAAGCUAUCAGAAGAGAGUGAGAGUAUGCAAGACAAGGAGGACAUGGAAGACGAUGAUGGGAGCGAAUAAAAUGGACAUUCAACAUGUUUAAGACAUUAUCUCCUCCCCCCCCCCCUCUUCAAUUUUAUUUUGUUUCCUGCCUUAUUGCAUUUGACAAAAUAUCUGGACUUGUCUGGACUGUGGAACAUGUGAGGACAUUUGCUGGGAGCAGUGUUUGAGAUUCCCACUAAUGUAUGAUUAUUAUGUGUAAAUUCCAAUCUUGAAACGGCAAAGGAUGAUUUGUAACUGUCAAACUGUCAUAAAUACAUUAAAAUAUAAUGUAGACAGGUCA